AUGACAUCACGCUGGAUGACUGCCCUCCAGAGUAAGGUGCUCGGUUACCUGGUCAACACCUACCCACACUUGCUCAACCUUGGCCGCCGGGAAGAACAGACUACGCAACGGUCAAAGGACAGACUCAGGAAAAUGAUCGCUGGAAUGAGUAACCACGGGCCGGGUGACUUGAGCACAAGAUAUGUCGCGAUUGACUGUGAGAUGGUUGGCGUUAAGCCUAGGGGAGCCUCCUCGCUAGCUCGCGUCAGCAUCGUCGACUACGAAGGUCGAAUACUCCUAGACCGCUUCGUGAAGCAGACCAAAAAGGUGUUGGAUUAUAGAACAAAGUGGAGUGGAGUACGCCCGGCAGACCUAAUUGGCGCUCCAUCCUUUGAGGAAGUGCAAGCGACCGCGAUUCAACUCUUAGAUAAGCGCAUUGUCGUUGGGCACGCACUGCCUAAUGAUUUCAGAGCGUUGCGUCUUUCAUACCCUUCUCAAUAUACCAGAGAUACUCAGCGUUAUGUACCACUCUUACAUCGCGGUGUUGGCAAGAGUCUCAAGCGCAUGAUCAAGGAAGUUUUUGGCAUGGACAUCCAGGCCCAUGAACAUGAUAGUGUCAUCGACGCUAGAGCGAGUCUUGCUUUGUUUCGGUUGUAUCAGUCCGAAUGGGAGAAAGACCUGUCAUUUACGCAUUUCAUUGCCUCGUCAGUAGGCACAAAUUAUUCCCAAGAAUCCAACGGAGAAGAUGUGACUUCGCCUCUUUCUGCUCUCCAGCAAGAUUCAAGACAUGUCCCGCUGAGAGAUUGCGGCCCCUCUGCUGAUAUUUCUUCUCAGGACGGCAACGAAACCCCUGUGGCGACGUCGUCGUCUUCAGAUCUCGUCACCUGCAACGCGCCGAACAAGAUACUUGGAGAUCUGGCGGUCUACAUUAUCCCUGCAAAGUUGACGGCUGACCAAUUUGUCGAGCUAAGCCGAACUAUCGAAGGAAAUGGCGGACGUUUGACAAGCCAAGCAAACGCCGCCGACGUCAUUCUCACUGCUGUUGGCUCCAUGAAGAGAUUGGAACGUCACAUCAGUAUUCACGCACCUCGGAAGGCGCCCAUUAUUCGGGUCGAAUGGCUUCUGGAAUCGACAAAUGCUCAGAGGCGACUCCCUUAUCGAAAUUUUGUGGCCGUCCCCGAGCUUGUACUUCGAUCAAUGUGA